UGGGGGGCGGCACGGCGUGAACCAUCAAGCCCCGCUCCCCCGACAGAUUGACAUCUCCGGUUCCAAUUGGAAGCCAGUCUGGUCUUUUUUUUGCCGAAGCUCCUGAUUGGAGCAACCGGUCAAGGCCGAGGGCAGGUGGAAUUGCACAUUUUUCUCCGCAGUCUUUCGGUGAAUGUCCGUGCGUAUUGGCGGACAGGUGGGAGAGUGUGCACGGUGCAUGGGUGGUGAUACGCCGAGUUGGGAUAUAUGAUAGUGGAUCGGAAGAUUACACUCAAUGUUCUGAGGCUGUUGUUGUUGUCGUGGUGACUGGCUUGGAGUGAUUGUGGGUUAGGAGCCUGGCAAUUUGCAGAUGGGCAUCCUAUGUACGACAGCUCGAUUGGAUGUUCCAACUAAAAUAACAAGGCAAAAAUGACGCCUGGCUGACAGCACACCUUCUGUUGUACAAAAUGUUACUUCUGCGUGGUUUUGAAUACAUGAAAAAUAAAUAGAAAAUCAGAAGACCGUGGCUCGAGAAUCGAAAACUCACAGCGGAAUGAAUUGUUUACUUCUGAUGGGAAGACGUGGCCCACUACUGAUUAAACAAGUCGGCUGAGACAGACCUUUUUUUAAUAACUAGUUGAGCAAUUGCAUCAGCUAGAAUAUUUAUACGGAUUGCCCGACUCUGCUUAAAAAUAAAAUAAAAAGCAUGUAUCGUUUCAAUGUUUAAAAUGCAUCUUGCUUGUCAGGGGCUUAUGGACAGAAUGCCGAAUACCUGGAAGAAAUAAACUCGUAACCUUGCGGCGGCUAACCGAAUUCGUUCACAAGGAAGAAACCCUCCUCCAAGACUUUCAUUAAUACGCGUUGACGAUCGAGUUGCGAUUCGACUGUCGAACCUGGCUUGGAUUGAGAGAAGAUAAUUUUUAGUGCUCCCAAGGCGACUUUCUUGUGGGUGUUUUUGCCCCGGUGCUCUCGAAGUAGCCGGGUUCGGGCUGAGCGUGCAGGUGUGUUAAUUUUGGCAGACAACAUGCCCGCAUCCGGGUCCGGUGCCAAUCCGGUGGAGUACUGGGUUGACGGGUCCCGUCGCGAUGUUGCCAUCGGGAAUUACUACAGCAUGGGCCCGGAAUUAGGAAGGGGGGCCACAUCUGUAGUUUUCAGGUGUGAAGAGAAACAGACUCAGAAGCCCUACGCAGCAAAGAUACUAAAGAAAACGAUUGACAAGAAAAUUGUGAGGACUGAAAUUGGCGUCCUGUUACGUCUUUCUCACCCGAAUAUAAUCAGGCUGAAGGACAUCUUUGAGACAGAAUCGGAGAUCGCCCUUGUGCUGGAGCUGGUGACCGGAGGAGAGCUGUUUGACAGGAUCGUGGAGAGGGGCUAUUACAGCGAGCGAGACGCUGCUCACGUCAUCAAGCAGAUCCUGGAGGCCGUGGCGUAUUUGCAUGAGAAUGGAGUGGUACACCGGGACCUGAAGCCAGAGAACCUGCUGUAUGCUGACUUAUCACUGGACGCUCCCCUGAAGAUAGCGGACUUUGGCCUGUCCAAGAUUGUGGACGAGCAGGUCACCAUGAAGACAGUGUGUGGCACCCCUGGCUAUUGUGCUCCUGAGAUAUUGAGAGGCAAUGCUUAUGGGCCAGAAGUGGAUAUGUGGUCAGUGGGGGUCAUUUUGUACAUAUUGCUCUGUGGGUUUGAACCAUUCUUCGACCCCAGGGGGGAUCAGUACAUGUACAGCCGUAUUCUGAACUGCGACUAUGAGUUUGUCUCCCCCUGGUGGGAUGAAGUCUCCCUCAACGCCAAGGACCUGGUCAGUAAGCUGAUCGUGCUGGAUCCACACAAGCGUCUGACUGUUCAGCAGGCACUGCAACACCCCUGGGUGCUGGGUAAAGCAGCUCGCUUCUCCCACAUGGACUCGACGCAGAGGAAGUUGCAGGAAUUUAAUGCACGUCGCAAACUGAAGGCCGCAAUGAAGGCCAUCGUGGCAACGAGUCGCAUCGGGAACCACAGCCAGCACGAGGGCUCCCGGGGGAACAGACGGGCAGGCAGCCCCGGAGGACAGGUGGACAAGGCGCCCAGAAAAGGCAGCAUGCAGACAGAGCCUUCCCAGGGUGCUCCAGGGCACAGCGCCGUGAAGGACAGGCAGGCCUCGGCGGAGGACUCCCCCAGCACUGGCUCCCCGGAGCCUCGUCCUAAAUCCCCCCAGCCUGGCCCACAAAGGCCUCUGGGAAGUCCGGACAAAGCCUCCAAACAUCACUCCAGCAAGCCCGACAUCCACAAACAAGCCUCAGCCGUCCCGAAAACGGCUGUCGUCAAGCCAAGACCCCCCAGAAAGAGCUGUUCUGUGGAACCUACCAAUGAGCACGAUGCAUCACCUACCAUAGUCCCUGCUACCCCAAAAAACCUCAGCAAUGGUUUCAGGAUGGAGUCAACCAACAAGAGGACGCAGCGCUAAUGAUGUCCUGCCUGAGACCUGUGCCAUGAGGAGGCCUUCUGGUCACCUCCGAGGUCAACCCCAACUGGGCGAGAGCAAGCAGGGCUCACUACAUACUGGCCCGUUGGUGACGUGCCAUUUCCAUUUUGUGGUCACAUGGACAAAGAAACGAUUUUUGAACCUUUCUUUCAACAUAAAGUCCAGUUUGAGCCGAAACUAACAUGAUUUUGAAACACUGAAAAGAAAUGUAGAAGGAAGAUAAUUGUGGACAACAAUUUGACUUCCCUCUUUCUCAUUGACUGUUUUCUUUUGUAGUUUGUUGGAACCUUUUUUAUAACUGAAGUUGCUAUCCACUACACCACGUAGCAAAAAAAGGAGGUUCACACUGAACUUUUAACAGGAGGAUUCUUCAGGUUUUCUACAUUUUGUAUGAUUGCACGUGUAACUCUCGAUACAAAUUUUUGGUACAUCUUGGUCUCUUUCUGUUUUUCAAAGGUGUUUGAAAUGGUCAAACUUUUCUUAUUCAUACUAAAUAAUAUAUUCUGUCAUUUUCAUAAAAAAGUACCACAAAUUCAAUUGAACUUAAAGUGUCUAGCAGUCCAUAAGGAAGACCAUAAUGUUGCCCUGGGUCCAAAAGUCAUACGCUGCCAUUAUGAAUCACAUGCUAACUUCAUCUAAACUACUCUGACCUAUGACCUUUGGAAGCCCUGGAAACUAAUCCAUUAAAGAGUGUCCAGUUGGCAAACAGAGAGCAGAUAGUAUGCAGCUGGUUAGAACUCAUACAUGUAUCAAUAAAAAUAUUGUGUUGGUAUUAUCA